AGUCAUGGCCGACGUGGAGGACGGAGACGAGCCGGGCGUCUCCGCUUCGCACGCGGGUUCCUCCGGCUCCAAGGCAGGCGGCGUCGAUAAGAUGUUCUCGCUCAAGAAGUGGAACGCCGUGGCCAUGUGGAGCUGGGACGUCGAGUGCGACACCUGCGCCAUCUGCCGGGUGCAGGUCAUGGAUGCCUGUCUUAGAUGUCAAGCUGAAAACAAACAAGAAGAUUGUGUUGUUGUCUGGGGAGAGUGUAAUCAUUCCUUCCACAAUUGCUGCAUGUCACUGUGGGUGAAACAGAACAACCGCUGCCCCCUCUGCCAACAGGACUGGGUGGUUCAGAGAAUAGGCAAAUAAAAGCACUGGCAGUUCUUCUAUCAAACUUGUUUGGAAUGCUAUACAACUUACGACAUAUUUCCCCUAUGAAAGAAGGGAGCAGUCACAAUGUGGCAAAAUUGGUUUUAUUUAUUUAAGCCUACAGAGAUCUAUGGAACUGGAUUUAAAAAUUUUGUGUUAUAUUUCUGGUCUUUUGAAUCCAUUUUCAGACUCGUUACAUCAGGAAUAUAGAUGCCCAGAUAUUUAAGAAUGUAUCUAAACAUUUAGUGUACAAAUUGUGUAUUUGUUUAGGAAUUCCUUAGUUCUUAUGAAACCUUCAUUAUCUGUUGUUCAAGGCAAAGAAAUCUCAGAAUUUUUACUCAAAACUGAGGUUUUUAAUACAAAUAAACAUUUACAGUGCAUUCAUUUUUCUUUCCUUUAGCUUUCAUGCAGGAAAAAAACUUCUUCAUUUUUGAUAAGCAUCUUUCCUAUGGUGCUUCUAAGGUUAAAUUAACUGACGUUUUAAAAUGUGUACUUGCUUUAACUUACAGUAUUAAACUUUUUAUCCUGUAAAAAUGCUCAGGUUGUUUGUUUCUAUAAAAUGGAUGGAUAGAAAGUAGCUCUGGAUCUGCUCGUAGAUCUCUGGUUGAUUUGCAGUAGAUCAAAGAUUUCUAACUCCCAGUUAUUUUACAAUACUAAAAUGAUUUCACCCCACCCUAAAUUACACUGCUGAAAUAUAGAAAGCUUAGAGUAACCAGGAGUAUAUUUUUGCUUGGAAGAAUGAUGAGCUCUGUUCAAUUCUGGUACACAAAACAAAUGCCUGAUCUCAGGGUUCUUUAAUUCUACGUGUAUUAGUUUUGCACCUGGUUGAGGUUGGUAACUCUUUGAAUUCUAGUAAAGAAACAAGGUUCCUGCAAGCCUGAGGCCUGUAAAACAAUAUUUAGUAUACUUGAAAAUUAUCCAUCAAAAAGUCUGUUAACUGGAAAUGCAAUUAAGAAUACAUCAUAACUAGGCACUUUUACUGUGUGUGUUAGAUUAAAUUUAAGCUAAGGUCCUGAUAGCGCUAUAAGCUAAGAGAGAAGCAUUUGCACAUUUGCAUGAAAAUACGUAUAUGUGAAUUUUUCCUUCUGACUGUGUCCCAUUGUGUUGUAUCAAAUUCCUAUGGGUCCUCUGAUGUUAGAAGCAUUUUUGGGUGUAGUAGGAUGGGCUGUUAUACAAAGGGAAGCAGAAAACACCCAGUGAAUUUCAACACGCAACAGUGUGGAUCAUGACCAUUUGAUGAUCAUGUUAAUUAAUUCACCUUUCCACAUACUUCACCACCUUACAAAAAUGAACUGAAAGUUAAGGUGAAAACAACAUGAGGAUACCCUGUUUUUUCAGAUAGGUAGCUCUCAAAAAAGAUAAGGUCUGUUGAGCUCAGCCCACUGUUACAAAAAUGAUCCACUUAAAUGUGUUUAGUAUUGACUUAGAUGGUACCUGUAGCAUUUAAAAUACAUUAUUAAAAUUGCUAGAAGAA